AUGUACACUAUUCCACCAGAACAUCUUAAGCCAGUAAACCUUCCGUCCGUCCAACACUCAAGUCCGCCGGUAAACAACACUGGAGUCCAAGCCGUUGACUUUACUGUUGCCAGAUAUAACCCGGAUCGAGAUAAUAUUUAUUAUGUAUUUACUCGAUCACACCCGAAUACUGGCUACCCCCUCCUCUUGGGCGUUCCAUCUCUUCUCUCCCAGACAGAUUUCGAUCCACGCCGCCGGACCGUGGUCCUCGUCCAUGGCUGGCUUGGAUCUGUCACUGAUAGAUCCAAUAUUGUUUUAGUACCGGCCUUUCUCAACGCCGAGGACGUGAACGUAAUCGUGGUCGACUGGAACGCAGGCGCAGGUGAAAACUACGUUACGUCAGUUAUUAAUACUGUAAUUUCGGGCGAGGGCGUGUCACGAUUCAUCACCUGGUUGAAUAGGGAGACCGGGGCAUUCUUCUCCGACUACCAUAUAGUGGGGCAUAGUCUCGGAGGGCAUCAAGCUGGCAUUAUUGGGAGAAACCUCAAUGGAUCUAUCCCGUACAUUACUGCUCUAGAUCCAGCCUACCCUCUCUGGAUCCUCAACCCCCACAAGUUCCAGGCCAACGACGGGCAGUACACUGAAGUGAUCCACACCAAUGCAGGGGUAUCAGGGUAUCUCACUCCGCUGGGCCACGUGGACUUUUAUCCAAAUGGAGGAAUCAAUAUGGCUGGUUGCGACGGACAGAAUUGUGAUCAUGAUAGAUGUUUCCACUACAUGGCAGAAUCAGUGAAAACAGGAGGGUUCAGUGGAACAGAGUGUCGCACCUACGCACACGCUAUGUUGGGAGCCUGUAGCUUAAAUGGACGUCUUAAUAUGGGAGGGGUUAAACCAAAAACCGGGUCCCGAGGAGUGUAUUUCUUAAGAACAAAUGCACAACCACCAUUUUCUAUUAAUUAA